AUGUGGGGCGUCCCAACAGCUUCACCUUACGACUUUCUCGCAACUCAUCAGACGUCCACGUCUGAGUCUUCUUCAUCUUCGUCCUCCCCAAGCCAUCACCGCCGGAAUCGCCCGACUUUCGAGCUUAUGAUGCCGUCGGAUCGAGACUCUGAGGACAAGAACAGCGACACCAAUACCAACACCUCUCGAGACCCCCCAUCCGAGAACGACCUCAACCCAUUCGUUGCCCUCCGACGCUUCGCCGACGAACACGUCUCCGCCGUCCUGCAAUCAAUCACCGGCCUUCCGUCGACACUUUCUCCCCCACAAACAGACCGCUGGACUAUCUUCACGGACGAGGAGACAUACGAAAGUACCAAGUAUCGCCACCGCGAGAGCGACAGUGAGACCCGCGAUCAAAGCCACACAUCAUCGAGUGGAGCCGACACCAAUUCAUCCGACGAUUCGCGGCGGCCCUAUGAAACGCUUACUGUCGACCCCUAUGACCUCAGUGUAUAUGAUCCCUUUGAGCAAUCGCCACUGGGAUUUCCUCUGCCUCCCGUCCCGAACUUUCAUGAAGAAUGGGAAAAACAAUGGCCAUUGAACUACAUCUUCUUUAGCGCCUACUCGCCUACUCGUCUCGAGAAAGAGGCGAGGGGUGAGACGAGCCACGGAGAUGACACUUUUUCUUCUCUCAUCCCCUCGUCCCGCAAUCCGAAAGAACCGCAAUGGCGCGAAGCAUUUGAAGACCUGCUUCGGUUGGAAAAUGGACUGCCGCUCCUCGAUCACAGUAGAAUAAUUGCCGGCAGGUCCGAAAACAAUGAGCAGUGGUUGAGAGGAGUCCUCAAGCGCGAAAGCAUGGGCCCUCGAUUCAAGAAUGCACUCGUGCACGGUAACGAUGGAGAUUUGACGAUCGAGGUUCGGACGCGCGUCAAGAUCCCGGUCAUCGAAUUGGAAUUAACAGAGGAGGAGGAAAUCAUGCAGGAGAAAUUCAUGCGUGAUAUCGACGAGUUACGGCGCAAGGAUCCGUUGCUUAGCGAGAGCCAGAUAUUACGAAUCAUGGUAGAAAGAUACUUUGAACCACCGCCUGGGCUGGAGGAGGCGAGACAGGACAACGACCCACAUGCUCGUGAUCCCAAGGACUUGUGGCUGGACCAGAUCCAGGAACUCGACGAGAGGCUCCGCGCAUAUCACUUUGUCGCCACUCGCAAAACUGGUGACAACGAGCCUUCUCGCGUCGUCUCCACCUCGUCGCGAACGGAGCAGACUCACUACCCGGACGGUAUGUUCUCAAGCAGGAGAGUUGUGACGAAGCAAUACGCGGACGGUCGUGAAGAGACAGACUCAUUCGACGAGACAAGUCUACCUCAUUCCGAUGAUGGAUGGGAUGAGGUGAACUCCGAGAACUCCGAGAAACCCAAGUCCAAGUCCAAGGGUGGUUGGUUCUGGAGCAGCUGA